AGCGCCCGGACCAGCGUUUCGUCCACCCCAAGCGAGUGGAGGGGAAUAAUUUGUUUUUGAUAUCAUUUACUAUCUAGAAAAAGGUGUGAUGCACUGCUGCAUACACUAGGAACCCGUUGUCGGCCUCGCUGAGCGUGUUCGAACCGGCCUCAAUGCGGAGCUUUGGGGAGCGGCCUAGCGCUCACAGUGGGCAUCAUGGGUGAAAUCACUCUAGAUGGAGCGAUUGCGCUCUUGUCUUCGGACAAGCUGAAAGAUCGCUCUGACGGGCUCGCAGAUCUAAAGCACAUUCUCCAGCAGAAUAAACAGAGCACGAGACUGAACACCCUCAAUGAUAAGGCGUGUCAUAAAAUCCUGGAAUCGUUGUUUCGGUUCAUUGCCGCAGAGAAGUCGGCCUAUACCCGUGCCCUCAAAUCACACUCCAAGACGCCCUCCACCUCGCGAUUGACGGCCUGUGCAGCGGUUCUGCGGACUGCGGUCGAUGUAUUCGUGCGCAACCUGCGGUCGAAGUCUGUUCGAGCGAUAGUAGACCAUAUUACCGACACGCUGCGUGGUCCAGGCGAAGGUCUCUGGGGCCCUCUGAGUGUGGACUACACCAAAUGCUUGAGAGUGCUUCUGCAAUACCCGCCGCACGUGGAACACUUGGCUGACACCGAAUGGGAGAAGUUGAUGAAAUUUUGUCUGCGGGCCCUGGACUACAACGGAGUUGACGAUGGCCAUGAGAGUCCUCGCCACGGAUCUCGUGCUAUUUCACGGAGUCUCGACCAUAGUAGCGCCCUGCCAGGCACACCAAGGGCAGGUUCGGUUCUUGCGGUCAGAACACGACACGAGGAUAGUAACAAUGUCAACGAAGAGGUGCUUCUGUGUAUUCAGAGUCUUACGGCGAGCUCCACUGCUCCGAUCCGAGCGACAAGUGAUCUGGUCCUGCGUGGCCUCCGGGAACUUGUCAUGUCUGCUCCUGUGGCGGCAAAUACGCAUCAAAUCGCAUUCAAUAGCAUAAAUACAGUCGUUAUGAGAGUCAUCUUUGACCAAUCCGAGGUUAUACGGUCAGCCAUGCUCGAUAUAAUCCCUGUAAUCAGACGAUUAUGGGCUACUAAACAUUCAGCCCUGAAGGACGAUUUACUUGUCACUGUGAUGCUCUGCAUGAAUAUACUUGCCGAUGCAGCGGCACGAGACCCGUCGGAGUCGCUAUUUCACACAAUUGAGAGUUUGGUAGACACUCUGCAGAUAGAGUAUUCGAAACGAUCCGAGAAAGACAUCCUGCAGCUUGAUGAAUUGACAUUCUCUGCGCAGACUGGCAAUUCCACAGGCAAACUAUCAUGCGGUCCUCGUCUUGGAAACAACAAGUCCGAACACAACUGGACAGUCCUCUGGACGAUCGCCACUUUGCUUCAGUUGGCAGAAGAUGUGGCUACACGGCUAACGAUACCUGAGCCUGGAGGUGAAGCUCCAAACAAGAAGCGAAGAUUUACGUCUCGGAUAGAAGACAUCUUGCGUGAAUCAUUCUCAUCCUCGGGGGUGGCAAGAUUGUGUGCGCUACAGCUUUUACUCUUCCUUGGAAAGCGUGAAAACGGUGGUGAGUUGGGAGCGAGCCUUGUCGAGAGACUGAUUCCGAAUAUACUCGAUGACAACGGCUUGCUAUCGUCGUGGACCCUGCUGGCCCUAUCAAGUAUUGCUACCAGGCCGGACUCGAAAGCAGCUUCACUCAGAGAAAGCUGGCAAAAGGCCUGGGAACUUGCGUCGAGAGCGUCAACUUCGCAGGUGUCAUGCAGGGCCGCGUGCCACUUGAUGUGUGUUAUACUCGAACACGAUCUUCUGGAGCAUUCUGUGAUUGCUGAAACAACUCGCUCAAUGUUAUUGUCCGCCAAUUUAAAUGGGCCCUCCAUCAUCUCUGACUCCUCACUAAACCUCUGGGCAAAGAUUGCACAUUUGAACACGCAAAUCAUUCCAGGACCUACUCUCAACGUCUCCAAGCAUAUUUGUGGCUGGUUACGGGAGUUUUGGUCGGUUGGCAUUCUCACAGAUAGGGCACAAGCUGCUCAGGUCGCUACCUUCACUCGUCCAUUGGACUUCCUGCGCCUUCUCCUUGCUUGUACAAAUCGAUUCUUCCCUUCAACCUAUAGUCGAGGCAGAGGCCUGACUGGGAUCAUUGGUAAGGCCUGGUAUUUUCAUUAUGAAAACCGGAAACUCCUAGAAUAUCUGUUCCAGUCCGGAUGGAUCUUGAAUCCCAUUCAAUUCUGGGAUGAGAAUGACCUAGCUUUACCCUCUUCAUCUUAUCGACAGGAUCCAAACGACCUGGUGUUUCUGGAUUUGCUGCAAGCGAAAUGUGAAGCGUUUUCACAAACAUGGCACUCGAUGAAUCAGGAAAAAUCCCAUCAUAUCACCGUUGAUAUCAUGCAAAUUGCUGCCUCGCUCUGCAUCUCGACGAUCCUCUUUACAGAGUCAUUGCCUCAGCAACAAUAUGCAUCUCGCUUGCCUGCUUUACGGCAGACUAGUCAAAACUUAUGGGCUACUAUAUGUUCCUUCCUGGAAAGCCGUGAAAUUCAUUUUUCCUAUGCAUGCCUGGAGUUGUUGUCGCCAAUGCUCUCCCCAUCCCAUUGCUUUAAAACCCCUGACUCUGGUACUUCGCGGACUCUUCGCGCCCUCAUCCCGCCCCUUACAAAGACUCUUGAAAGUCAUCGACUGUCCCAAAAGAAAUACUCUUCACAAAAUGACAUCGAAGUGAUGGAUCUAGACGAUCCUCUGAUAACACACGGUACUCAGCUGACAGCCCAUGAGACAAUUUUUUGCUCAAACAGAGAUGCGACGCCUUUAUUCUCCAAUAUCAUCACCUUCAACCGAUGCUUGACUGUCCAACUUUCUGCCUUGGAGAAAUAUCUGGUGGAUGUUAAUAAUCCUUCUAGGUCGCACAGUACAACGUUCGUGAAGUACUUGAUCGAACUGGACGAUGCAGACAUAUUGUCAGCGCAAAGCAUCCUUCCGCAUGUUUAUCAAGUGUGUGCAGGGAUGGAGCGAGCCACCUUGCUGGAUCUGCUCGAGAACUUUGCCGAGAAAUCCCUACAGAGCUAUGAACUAGAGCGGUGCGAGAAUUCAACAUACCUUGCCAUUAAAAUGAUGGCAAGCUUUGUCAAAUCCUGGACAUGCGGAAAGGAAGAUCACCUAAAUGAGUCUGCUUCGGACAUAUACGAAUGGUUCAUCAAUGUACUCAUAACAAAGGGGAAAGCAUCGACGAGCGUGUAUGUCGCUCUUGCCGAGCUCCUGGGAGAAGUCAUUAGGUGCAAUCCCAUGUACUCGACUGACGGGGAAAGCCCUUCUCCUCGUACCAGCUUGUUUACUGUUUUUCAAGAUGGUGACGUGCGUGUGAAGUUUUCUGCUGCGGAUAUGAUUCGCGAUUUAUUCGAGCGGUUUGCACUAGACGACCACGAGGUUAUCUUUAACGAUGUCUUGGAAAGCCUUCCUCGGGAUCCAGAUUGGGUCGAAGGUAUCGCAUUGCGUCUCUUCAUAUUGGCCCAACUGGCUUCUAGAUGGCAUACUCUACUUCGGAGGAGUAUUUAUCAUAUCUUUGAGACACCAGCACAGGUCCCUCAAUCAGUACGCUACGCUCAGAAAUGCUUGCUGUACGUUGCCAAAACGCUCGGCCUAGAAGAUCCAAAGGAGCUAUUCCGCCUUUUCUCCUCGCAGAUUCUCUACACCUGGACCGAAACACAAGAUGUCAAGUCUAUCCCGUUCGGCAUUUUUGGAUAUCCGAGUCUCAAAGAUUUAGUCAUCGAUGUACAGGAUGAAAUUGUGGGCCAGCUUAUGAUGCGGGUGAAGGAAAAUGAAGCAACCGAAACAGCGGACAUUCUAGGAAUUCCUUUUCCCGAUCUCCUAUCCAACUCGUUUCACAAGGCAGAAGCUUACAGUAUCGCACGGGAUAUAACAACUCCCCCGUCACAAAAUAGCCAGCCCAAAGGGGUUGAGAACCGAUUGAAGAAGCUGUUAGGAGCUGAAAGGUUCUCUACUCUGGUCGAAGAACGGUUCCCUCAAACAAUCGCCGCGUUUUUCAAAUCUUUAGACCAAUUCGACCAAAUUGAACGAGCAUUCACCAAGCGCCCCGGCUUCAAAAAUGCUACUGAGAUACAGAGGCGAAUAUUCAGUAUAAGCGCAUCAGCCGCCUCUUUGCCCGCUGGCCAACAGCCAUCGUUCAGAGCUCGUUUCCUUCUCGAUGAGCUAGACUUUCUUUGCAGACGUACUGGUUAUGAACUAGAGGCAAUCUGGACCCCGACUCUGACAAGCUAUGUCUGUCGGACUCUACUGGAAUCUAUUCACCCGGCAUUGGGGUCUCUCCACGCAUGUUCUGUCAUACGAAAGAUUAGAAUCUUGAUCUGCUUGGCCGGGUCUGUCGUUCUGCAAGAUUACCCAUUGGAGCUCAUGCUCCAUGGUUUGCGUUCAUAUCUCACUGAUCCUCACUGCUCUGAGGACGCAAUAGGCAUUUACUGGUAUCUUUUAGAAGCAGGAAACUCCUAUCUAACUGAACAUCCCGGGCUCAUGGCCGAAACCGCGGUAUCCACUUUCGUCACUCUAAGGAAGCUACUUCGAUCGUCAUCUCCGAAAGAGACAGCACAUGAUGAUCAAUACCAGACGGUUUUGUCGAACGCUAAAAGAUUCCAAAAGUGGUUUGGGGAUCACUUGGGUGAAUACCGCUCAGCAGCCAUGGAUGACCGUACUGACCAAUCUUUCCGACGCUUGAUUAAGUUGGCAGAAUCGGCAUCUAUAGCAAACGACACCACCGAGGGCAGCGAUGAGAUUUUGCUAAUAUACGAGCUGCUUGGGGAUCGACACCCUGGGCAGAGAUUACUUCGGAAGCCGAUAUCAGACCUUGCUCUUUCCAUACUGUGCGCCGACUUCAGAAGGCCUCCCGAUAACUUGAAUACUAUUACUGGAAAAGAUAUGGACGCCACAACCAACGCUGUUGCUGUUCUGGAGACUGUGAAAAGCCUCGAAGCUGGGUCUGAAUAUCGUUUAUGGGCUGCUAGAACCAUCGGACGAGCAUUUGCUGACACCAGCGGCAUCAGUGACGUGCUUUCCAGAGAGCAGGACCCCUUUCUAUUUAAGCCAUGCAAAGACCGAUCACCCGAGGCCGUCCUUUGUCACUCCAAGUUUAAUAUACUCCAAGUACUCUGCAACAUGUUACAAACGGGUAAUCACACCGAGGUUGGCCUUGUUGAACGGACCUUACAGCUCAUUGUCAGCAAUCUUGCAAGUUUUCCGGACUUUGACUAUUGUGGGCAAGCUAUAACACCUACUCUGAUGAAAGCUCUCAUUUGGAGUCCUUACCAGUGCCCAGCCAUGAAUUCCCCCCUUGGCAAAACAAAAGAAGCCAAACGUGUUUUGAAUUGGGACGCUACCCAGAGUCUGGCAGGCUGGGCUCGUAGUGUUGGGCUCUUUCUUUCAGAGGCAGCGCUCGGAGAUCCUGUUACUGGACCGCUGAAGAAAAUUCUCGACGUUAUACCUAGCAUGACUGCUGACCUCUUGCCAUACAUCCUCCACGACGUCUUGCUCUUUGAGUUUGGGAAAUCCCAGAGUAUUCGCCAAACUGUCUCAGAAGUCUUCAUGCAAGCUCUGCGGGACGUCGCCGAGCCCACGAUUCCCCAUGCCCGACUCAUAAUCAACUGUAUCUUAUAUUUACGGAACCAACAACGACCCGAGGAGUCAACAAUAGUGGAGCGUGACGAAUGGCUUGACAUAGACUUUGGCGAGGCUUCGUUGGCUGCGAACAAGUGUCGUAUGCACAAGACAUCGCUUCUGCUCCUUGAAAUCCAUGCGUCUCGAGCCGUUGCUGGAUCGCGCCGCUCCUCGGUGGCCAAGUAUGAUCCUUCUCCGGAAUUUCUACACAGUGUUUUCAGGGACAUAGACGACCCUGACCUCUUCUACGGAAUUCAGCAGAAAGCAUCUCUGGAAUCUGUCAUGGACAAGCUGAGCUACGAAAGCUCUGCACUCAAGAACCUUCUUUUUCAAAGUGCGCAAUACGAUAGCGAUGUGCAGAUGCUGGGCAGUGCAGACUCCCAAGGCGUCUUGAAAGCGCUUAAUUCUACCAAUCUCCAAGGAAUUGCUAGUGCUCUGUACUCUGGCCCGGGUGAUACCAGGGAUGCAUUGACCGUAUCUGAUAGCAUGAUUGAGACGGCGACCAGUCUACGGCGAUGGGAUAUAGCUGUUCCACCAUCGAACUAUUCAUCUCCUGCUAUCGUUUACAGGGCGUUUCAGAACCUCAACACAUCGAAAACCAUGUUCGAAGCUUCACGUGCCAUUGAUGAGUGCCUGUUAGAAACACUGGAUUUACUUGGGAGCACGACGCAAUCUGCUGGAUCCUUGAAGGAGGCUUUGAAGGUGCUAGGGCUGCUGGCUGAUGUGAAUGAUGUGGUUUGCUCAACGUCACCACAAUGUAUGGACCACGAGUGGCAGAGAAUAAUGAGCAGAAAACACUUGCUCAGAAAUGCAAGCUUCCGUGAUGUCGGUAAACUAUUGAACUGGCAUGAAGCUCUCGUGAGCUCCAUAACAAGUCAAGACUAUAUCAAGACUGCUAUCCAGCUCACUGACCACGAUACCCAACUGCUCCAAGUGAAAACUGUUCGGCAAUCCCUCGACAUCUUGAAGGAUCACGACUUACCCCAAGCAUCACUCAAAGGCGCAAUCUAUAUUAAUAAGCUAGUAGAACCAUGUGCGGCUCUUGGAAUCAACAUUGAUGCAGCAGCCAAGUUCGACCUGGCGAAUGUUCUCUGGGAGCAGGGAGAAAUGACAACCUCGAUUCGCAUGCUUCAGCAGCUGAAUGAGCAAAAUGAUCUGAAUAAACAGACCAUACCAGUCAGUUGUGCUGAGCUCCUUGUAACUCUGGGACAUCAUGUUGCCGAAGCACGUCUAGAAAAACCAGAUGCCAUCCUACAAGAGUAUCUUGUGCCAGCAGUCAAGGAACUAAAAGGCUGCUCAACUGGUGAUGAGGCAGGCAGGGUCUUUCAUGGCUUUGCGAUGUUCUGUGACCAACAAUUGCAAAAUCCAGACGGGUUGGAGGACUUUAAACGUGUGGAACAGCUCCGGGACCGCAAGGAAAAGGAGUUGCUCACGCUCGAAGAGAUGAUGAAAACUGCCGAAGGGAAAGAAAAAGAUGGCCUGAAGAUGUAUCGCUCGAAGACGAAGCAGUGGUUUGACUUGGAUGAUCGCGAGUACCAACGUCUGCGACGCAGUCGAGAGGCGUUUUUGCAUCAGUGCCUUGAAAACUAUCUGUUGUCUCUGAAAGCGAGCGAUGCAUACAACAACGAUGCACUUCGGUUCUGUGCUCUCUGGCUGGACAAUUCAGACAGUAGCACCGCCAACAGUGCAGUCUCCAAAUACAUCAAUCAUGUCCCUAGCCGGAAAUUUGCAACGUUGAUGAACCAGCUAUCCUCCAGGCUGCUUGACGUUUCUAACGAUUUCCAGCCCUUAAUCUCUACGCUGAUUUUCCGCAUAUGUGUUGAGCAUCCUUUCCAUGGGAUGUAUCAGAUUUUCGCAAGCAGCAAGUCAAAGGGCGGCAAGGACGAGGCAUCUCUGGCGCGGUACCGGGCAGCCAACAAGCUUGUUGAUAAGUUGAAAAAUGACAAGAGGAUAGGACCGACCUGGAUCGCUGUUCAUAACACCAACAUCAGCUACGUGCGGUUCGCCGUGGACAGACACGACGAGAAGUUGAAGAGUGGCGCGAGGGUGCCUCUCAAGAAGCUGAUCACCGGUGCACGCCUGGAAAUCGACGCGACGGCUAAUAGCCUGCCGCCUCCGACAAUGAAGAUUGAGAUUCGGCCUGACUGCGACUACAGCGCUGUGCCCACGAUUGUCAGAUUCGGUUCUGAUUUUACCGUUGCCUCUGGCGUAAGCGCGCCUAAGAUCGUCACUGCUAUCGCCAGCGAUGGCUUGCGGUAUAAGCAGCUGUUCAAGGGCGGUAAUGACGAUCUGCGACAGGACGCAAUCAUGGAGCAGGUUUUUGAACAAGUGAGCAGCCUUCUAAAGGAUCACCAGGCGACUCGACAGAGGAAUCUCGGCAUUCGAACUUACAAGGUGCUUCCAUUGACGUCCAAUGCGGGCAUCAUUGAGUUCGUGCCGAACACGAUUCCGCUCCAUGAUUAUCUUAUGCCGGCACAUCAGCGAUACUAUCCCAAGGACAUGAAACCAAGCGUCUGCCGCAAACAUAUCGGGGAUGUCCAGACGCGGUCCCUGGAACACCGGGUCCGCACCUACCGCCAGGUCACAGAGCGCUUCCAUCCGGUGAUGAGGUUCUUCUUUAUGGAAAAUUUUAACAACCCGGAUGACUGGUUCAGCAAACGGUUGGCUUAUAUCCGCAGUACCGCUGCUAUCUCGAUCCUGGGGCACGUUCUCGGCCUCGGUGACCGGCACGGUCACAACAUCUUACUCGACGAGAAAACCGGUGAAGCAGUACACAUAGACCUCGGUGUGGCAUUUGAGCAAGGGCGAGUCUUGCCCGUCCCUGAAGUGGUCCCAUUUCGCCUCACGCGCGACCUGGUCGACGGCAUGGGCAUCACCAAGACUGAGGGAGUCUUCCGCCGAUGUUGCGAGUUUACGCUGGAAGCCUUGCGACAGGAGUCUUACGGAAUCAUGACGAUCCUGGACGUGUUACGAUACGAUCCGCUGUACAGCUGGACCGUGUCUCCGCUGCGAAUGAAAAGGAUGCAAGAGACAUCCGAGGCCGGCGGCGAGGCUGCUCCUGUUCUGGCCACUGGCACCGUUCAUAAAAAGGCGCCCAAUGAGCCCAGUGAAGCGGAUCGAGCGUUAACUGUGGUUGCCAAGAAGCUGAGCAAGACACUCAGCGUCACAGCCACUGUCAACGAGCUGAUCCAGCAAGCCACUGAUGAGCGGAAUCUUGCGGUCCUCUAUUGCGGAUGGGCCGCCUAUGCAUAAUCAUUUCGCAUCCAUAGGUAGGUGACUCUCAUACCUCUAGGCAAAAAGAUGUCUUGUAUAUAUUCCGAUGAAUAGUUAUGAUUACAAUCUUUCAGUACAGUAGGGAUGCUUGUGGGCUUCCAAUUCUGUCUCUCCAUC